UUGGGGAAAAUUAUCAAUAGUACACCUAAGGUUUGGGCCUUUAUCAAUAGUACAUCUGCUAAACUAUUGUUUAUCAGCGGUACAUUCAAGGUUUUAUACCAUUAUCAGCCGUACACCUACCGUUAGACAAACGUUAAAAAAACGUUAGUUUUGGCUUUUUUAACUUAAAAAUUAACACGUGGCGGCCUGUGAUUGGUCCAAAAAAAUAAAAAUAAAAUAAAAUUUUAAAAAAGUUAGAUUAAUAAAAUAAGAUUUUCUCUCUCCUCCAAACUUCCAGCCUCUCCUUCAAAACUACACUAACUCACAACAUCUUAUCCAAAUCCAUGCUAAAAUCAUCUAUUCAAAUCUCUCUACCAACCCAAUUCUUGCCUCCCAGUUACUUCGCCUUUAUUCUUCCUUUAGCAAUCUCAACUACGCUUCUUCAAUCUUCCAUCGAAUUCAAUCUCCUUAAACCUUUUCCUGGAAUCUCAUCAUCAGAGCUCAUACAAUCAACUCUUCUUCUUCAAAGUCUCUCAUUUUGUACAAUCUUAUGAUAUGUGCUGGGGUACCACCUGAUAAAUUCACCUUCCCUUUUGUCAUUAAAGCUUGCGCUGCUUCUUCGGCUAUUGAAAAGGGUAAGGAGGUUCAUGCUUCUGUUAUAAAAUCUGGGUUUCAUUGUAAAGAUUUGUUUGUUAAGAAUACCCUUUUGGAUAUGUACUUGAAAUGUGGGAGUUUAGAGUGUGCACGUAAGGUGUUCGACGAAAUUCCUGUGAAAAAUGUUGUGUCUUGGACUACGAUGGUUUCGGGUUUGGUUGGAUUUGGGGAGUUGGAUUGUGCUAGAAAACUGUUUGAUCAAAUGCCUGUGAGAAAUAUGGUUUCUUGGACUGCUAUGAUCAAUGGGUAUGUGUCGAAUGGGAGGCCUCAAGAGGCGUUCGAGUUGUUCUCCCAAAUGCAGGUUGAAGGAGUGAAACCUAAUGAGUUUACUCUUGUUAGUUUGCCGAGAGCGUGUAAUGAGCUGGGGAGUCUUAAUUUAUGGUGGUGGACAAGAAGAGGAAAGAGAAAUGAGGGGGGUGGGAUGUCUGGUUGGCUGCUGGAAGUAAUGGAGGAGGAGGAAGGAUGGAGGAAAGAGAAAGGAAGGAGGUAGGAAAAAAAAA